AUGGCCAGAGGCCACAAUCUCAUCUCCCCACUCCCCCGCAUCCCCACGUCCCCGCCACUUCUCUUCCUCGCUCCCGUUCCCGCAACCCCCGUAAUGAAUCCCUACCAUCCAGACCACCACCUCUCCCUCCCAUUUUCCUCCAAUCAUCCCCACGGACCUCGUCCUCAGGUCCCCACGACCUCAGGCUCCUUCGCCGGCGAAAGGACUACGCCCACGAACAUCGACCUCUUCCAGCUCUCCGCCGCCGGACCUGCACGCCCCGCCACCCAGCCCAUAGAUUACUACGACCACACCUCGCUGGUACAUCCCGCUAUACAGCAGGGCUUCCCAGACAUCUACCCCUUGACCACCAUUCCUCCCGUCAUCCCCACGUUUCGUGAGGCCUCUCCGCAUCAAGAGCACCCACCGACGCCGUUGAGCCACACAGUCACCGGUUCCUCGGAGCCCGUCCAGUCUCAUCGGCCCUUUCAAUCUAGGCCUCGUGCCGUUCCCCAGCACGACCACCGCGAUCAUCUCCACCCCAUUCUGCAACAGGGCUCGCAAGCGCGCUACCCCGCCGCCGCCCUCCCGCCCAUCGCGUCCACUCCGCGAGUGGUUCCCUCCUCGUACCACUGCUUCCCGCCCCCGCCGUCGGGCCACACUGUCACGGGGGAUACACAAUUCUUCCCUUCUCAUGAGUACGUCCCGCCCAUACCUCGCGCCGCUCCUCUCCCUCAGCGUCAAGGUGCGCCCGCUUCGACGAACCUGACGGAGUGGGGGCCGCCACCCGCAGCGACAACGACGCGGAAGCGUCGCGCUCCAUCCGAGGCCGGUGCGACGCCGUCGAAGAAGGCCAAAACCGGUUUUUUAGAGGAUGCUUCCGCUUCAAUUUCCACCCGCUCCGAGGCAGCUAGCGGGGAUGACGAUGACGACGACAGUUCCAAUCUCUACCCGUUGGACACACCCAUCAGGUGUCGAUGGCCUCUUGAUUCAGGCCGACGGUGCAACGCGCAGCACACCCUCGAGUCGAUCGUCGACCACACGUUGGGACACGUCCCGGACGACGGGGGCAAACACCUGUGCAUGUGGGAGGACUGCGAUUCGACGACCUCCAAGACACCCUCCGCGUCGGAGGACCAGAAGUGGCAGGUCAAGCGCCGCAUGCGCGUGGCGAUGGGGAAGAAGAGCCUCGAGCGCCACCUCAGGCAAUGCCACUUCCGCCUCGACGACAAGCACUGUCGCCACUGCGGGACGUCUGCACGGUCCGACGUGUACAACCACGUCCACGGCCCCGCCAAGUACUGCAAGCACAACCCCAAGAACGCUUCCCAGGCGUCGUCGCACACGGACCCGUCUCCCCCUCCCGCUGCUUCCUCCGGCUCGACUCCCGAGUUCGUCCAGGGCUCCAGCGGUGGCUCCUCUGCGUCGUCCGCGACUGAGGAGCCCGUCGAAACCCACCCCUUCCUGAGCUACGCCGCACCGGGGCCGUCGGCCGCCCUUCCUGCUCAGUUUAUCGGGUUCCCGGCGAGCGCGGGAACCGCAUGGCCAUACACCGUUGCCCUCCCGCACGCCCCGCGUUAUCCCUCCGCUCGGCCAUCCUCCCUCUCCGCCACCCACGCGCCGACGUUUGCUCCCACCUCGCUCUCUAGCGUCCCGCCCAUGCCGUCCGUCUCCUCUCUCCCUGCGGCCACGCCCUCCGUUCAAGUAAGCCCGGACACCCCUGCGCUCGUUCGCAACCCCGAGUUCUUCCCCGCCUCCGCCGCUGGGUCCAACGGCGCACUUUCCGUCUCUCCGAACCCCAGGUCGGUUUCCGUGCCCCCGACGGCGCCGAGCUGGCCCAUCCUGCCGCCGCCGGUCCCCGCGGGCGCUCCGGAGGGCUUGAUCCCUUUUCCGCCGCUCGACUCCGCUGCUGUCGGCGAGUUUCUGGAUUCUUCUCUGAAGCCGUACUAUCCCAGCCCCGACUCGUUCGGCGAGUUCUUCGGCCUGUCCGACUUGGACGUCGAGGAGUACUUUAGGCAGCUCUGA